AUGAGCCGUCACCAUUGCGCCAGCCCGGCCCUGUCGGACACUACAUACUACAGCUUCAACGACAUUGAGCUCGUCGAGCCGCCGGAGCCCAUCGUCGACGAGUCAGACUGCUGCGCGCAGCAACGACAGCAGCACAAGCAAGACUUUGACCCGUUUGAGGCCUCCAGGAUGCAGCGACAAGACUCGGGCUACGAGUCGUCGUACGAGCCGCCGUCAUCGCGGACAUCCACGUCCAACGGCAGCCGGCCGUCUGGCACUGUGACGCGGCGCAACUCGUCGGCCUCGAGCCCGCAUGUGCGAUCCUCCAGGCCUUCUACGCGGCGCUCUGCUCGCUCGUACAACACAUACUCGGGCGGCGGCAGCCAAGCACCGUACAAGGUCCGAUCGUACGCGCAGUCGCAGCCCGUGGGCUACGUGCAGUUCCCGACGCCCGACCUCGUCGAGCUGGCGGAGCCGUCGUCGUCCGUCUCCGAGGCCGUGACGGCGCCCCAGCUGCCACGGACGACGCACUAUUGGACAAGCGAUAGCACCCGCCGUCUUGAAUACGCGGCGAUUGAUGCUGCCGGCCGCGGCGUCAAGGGCUGGAUGCGCAAGCAUCUCGUGCCCGACUGCCUCGUGCCGGACCAGAAGCAUCUGUCGUUUGACGACGACACUGGCAGCGUCCGCAGGUAUCGACUGCAUCUCGAGGACGACCACGGAGAGAAGCAUCGCCCUUGCGGGCAGACAACUCGCCGCAAAAGCUGGCGCUUCUGGCCGGUGGGCAUAUUCGGCGUUCUAUACCCUUUGGCAUUUGCAUAG